AAAACAAAGAUUAGGGUUACGAAUUACGAAUUACGAAUUAGCAAACCAUGGAAGAGAUCACAGAUGGAGUCAGCAACAUGAACUUGGCGAAUGAUUCCCAGAAGAAGAACCGGAUUCAGGUUUCCAACACCAAAAAACCAUUGUUCUUCUACGUCAAUCUCGCCAAGAGGUAUAUGCAGCAGUACAACGAUGUUGAAUUGUCUGCUCUUGGGAUGGCAAUUGCAACCGUUGUUACUGUUGCUGAGAUACUGAAGAACAACGGUUUUGCUGUUGAGAAGAAGAUCAUGACUACGACUGUGGAUAUUAAGGAUGACUCAAGGGGACGUCCUGUUCAGAAAGCUAAGAUUGAAAUCACUCUUGUGAAGUCAGAGAAGUUUGAUGAGCUAAUGGCUGCAGCCAAUGAAGAGAAAGAAGCUGCAGAAGCUCAGGUGCAGAGCUGAGAAUCCUAAGUAAUAUUUUGGUUUUCAUGGUCUUUCUUUUCAUCUAGAUGCUUAUUGUUAAAAUAAGGCUCUAUUUCUUCUAUUUCAUUAAUUUUUGGCUUCAAUGUUGGAUGGUUUGUUGUAUCCGUUAGCAAUUAAUAUGAAGAUAUAGCACAACAGUAAUGGUCUCUUCACAUAAAA